AUGUUGACUGGCUUAGUUGAAGGCACGUUUCUCUUCGAUCUAACUGUUUUUGACAGUUCUGAAGCUGUGAACUCCAGCACAAUUUCAGUAACUGCUUUAAUGGGUGUUCCUCAUCUUCAGUCAGUAGAAAUGUAUUUGAGGAAAAAAAUGAGGGAAUUCACUUACCGAAUGAAAAAUAAGCUCGAAGAACGCCUCAGUGCAACUCUUUCUUCUCAUGUACGUAAUUUGAAUAGAAUGUUUUUUAUGAUUACUGAGGCAAGCAGUGUGGCAGUUGUGUUUUCGAUCAUUGAUGAAGAUCCAAGCACGGGUCGAAUACACAUUGUGUUCCGCGCUGAUUUCACCGAUGUUGCAGUUCAAGGAGAAGUAAAAGAUGUUUCACAACAAAAAAAGGAAGUCGCAGUCGUGGAAGCAUGGAAAGUUGUAAAAAUUCUACGAUCAGAAACUAACAUGAUAGCAGAAUUCAAAAUCGAUUCUGUAGACAGUUUGUGUAAGUUUCCAUUUCACUCUGUGAAUCUUUAAAU